AUGUGGGCGAGUGCAGAAGGUGGUGCUCCAGAGGUUACUCUAGAAACUUCCAUGGGUUCCUUCACCAUCGAGCUUUACUACAAGCACGCACCUAGAACUUGCAGGAAUUUCAUUGAACUCUCUCGUAGAGGUUACUACGACAAUGUUAAAUUCCACAGAAUCAUCAAGGACUUCAUAGUGCAAGGUGGGGAUCCUACUGGGACGGGAAGAGGAGGAGAAUCCAUAUAUGGUGCAAAAUUUGAAGAUGAGAUUAAACAAGAGUUGAAGCAUACUGGAGCUGGUAUUUUGUCAAUGGCUAAUGCUGGACCUAAUACUAAUGGAAGUCAGUUCUUUAUCACUCUUGCGCCGUGCCCCUCUUUGGAUGGAAAACAUACAAUAUUUGGAAGAAUAAGUCGGGGAAUGGAAAUCAUCAAAAGACUUGGCAGUGUUCAGACAGAUAACAAUGACAGGCCCAUUCAUGAUGUGAAGAUACUACGGACAUCGGUCAAGGAUUGA